AUGGUUGGCCAUGGAUACCCAGCGAAACAUCUACGCCGUGGCAUCGUCGAUCACGUCCAGAAAGAGCACUACAUUAACCUCGGUCAAAUCUCCAAGCAUUGCCAGAACGCCCUCGGUCAGGAUAGACACCUCAGAAAUGAGAUCUCUACUGCUCGAGAUCUCAAGCAGGUUACAUCUGAACUGUUGGAAACUGCAGAGGUGCGGACUAUCCCGAUCGAAUGUCUGAGGGAGGCCAUGAUGCCGCGUGACGGGGCUCCCAGAGCCCAAGAGAUAUAUGAUGUGUACUCCAUCAUCGAGGUUUAUGGUACAUUCAGAUGCUUGAGGAGGGCAAAAGAGUACAACCGAUUUCAUACUGGGAGUUAAUCCCUGCUCUUAGAGUGUGCACCUACUUCGUCCUCGUCUGGAU